AUGGACGAUUCCGAUGUAUUUGCACAGAAGGGACUUAAACACUCCACAAAGAAAGACCACCACAGUUUUUGUGAAAGAGUGCUCAGGCACACUUCUGGGCUGAUUACUAUUUGGAGCGGUUCGGAGGCUCACGAGUACCACUCUCCUGCUACCAAAGCUGCCAAAGGGAGAAGGACGGGGGCGCUGUCUGGUGACUGUUCGCGUGAUUCCUUCAAGGCGGCGACCACCUCCAGGGAUCCGUUCUCCCGCAACGCGGGGCGUACUUGGGUCCCACGACCGCUACACGGGGCUGCCAAGACGCUGUACGUCCGGGCCGAGGGCUCCCAAGCCAGGAGUCCCCCACCCCGCGCCGCUCGCGCGCCUCCCCCAUCCCAAACCCCAGCAGCGACGCCGCCGCUCCCGGAAACAAGCCUGCUGAGCAAAGGCGGAGGAAAACCUUGGGCCUUCCGCUCUGAUUGGUCUCCCCCCGCCGCGCGGGGCGAGGCAGCGAUUGGCUGCCGGGCGUUGUCAGUCGCCGAGGCCAGAGCCUUCGCCGGGGAAGCGCAGCCGGGCUUGGGUGCUCCGGCUGCCGCCGCGGCUGCUCGAGCUGGUGCAGCUGGGCGAGCUCGUGCGGGCGCCGCCGCCGCCGCCGCCGCCUCCGCUGCUGCCCACCCCGCCGCGCCGCCGGCGCUGCCGGUCCUGCAGGCGGCCGCCGGGGAGGGGCGGCCGAGAGAACAGAGCACGAGGAGGCGGAGGCGGCGGAGAAGUGAUGCUGGCACCGGGGAUCCGGGCAGCGGCAGCGGAGCAGCAGCAUCUCCGGGACCUCGGCUGCAGCGUCCCUGUGGCCCGCGGGCCAGCCAAGCGGCGGGAGACCUCGCGCCCCUCGGGAUCCUGCAGCUUGCUAAUAAGCAGCAGCUUCUCCUGGCACAAGCCACUGUCCUCAUCAGACAAGCUGAGACCAUGCUUUGUGCCCUGCACCUAUAGUAAGAGAAAAAGUACACGGCAAGCUUUGGCCCAACAGAGUUAAGAGGAAGACUUGGGAGGGAUGGAACCUUCCAACAAGUUUGGAAGAAAGUAGAGGGAAUGCAGAGAUGCCAGACUGUCACGAAGACCCAUGGACAAUCCCGCACUC